CACACACAGACACACACACACACACACACACACACACACACACACACAGACACACACACACAGCGAGCGAGGCAGCAGCUUGAGGAGAAACCAGAGCUGCAGAAACACCAGACGUCUGCUGGAGCCGCCUGAGAGUCCUGGAUCGGGGUUUACUGGACCUGGCAGUCCUGGAUCGGGGUUUACUGGACCUGGCAGUCCUGGAUCAGGGUUUACUGGACUUCUGGAGCCAGCGUCCUGAUGGAAAAGUCCUUUCAGUUUUUUCUCCCGGAGCAUCUCUACGGACGGAGACCCGCUCCUCCAGCUGCUUGGACCUCCUGGAACCUGCAGACCUGCAGACUUCAUCAAGCAGCGUUCAGACCUGAGAGCUUCAGUCAUGUGGACUCGGUCUGAGUCCGGGUCUUCGCUUCCUAGUCAAACUGUUUCUACUUCAUGAAAGAGAGGUUCUCUGGACACCUGCUCUUCUUCACUGGCUUUCAGGAGCGCUUGUGGAGUUUUGGGGGAUGUUUAAUGAUCAGGACAAAGGAGUGGAUCCUAGUCGAUCCGGUUUCACUUUGCAGAGUGAGAAGUCUGGAUCGUAGGACCUGAGAGACCACAUCAAGUCUGCAUCCUAAAGCCGUGAACCGACUGUGAGGGCUUCAGGGACUCGGAGAGACCGGCUCCAGAACCCACUUAGAGGACUCGCGUGUGAAGCCUUCUCCACGCUUCAGGCUCCGGGGGCCCCGGGGCCCCUCGGUGCCGACAUGCUCCCCGGAGCUCCGGUGCCGGGUGCAGCGGGCCGCGGGCGGCGCCUGCUCCGCUGGCUGGGCCUCCGUCUGUGGUCCCGGCGGGGCACCCUGGUCUUCGCUCUGCUCUGGUUCGGGUCCUGGUUGUUCCUCAACGGCCUGGUUCUGGUCCACAGGAGCAUCCUGUCGGACUUCUGCACCGACGACAAGAGCAAGAGCAUCCUGCAGAGACUGUGCCUGGAGUUCGGCGAGGGCUCGGUGACGGGCGACAUGUGUGAGGACCUGUGCGUGCUCGGCCUCGUCGAGUACAAGCGCUGCCUCUACUACGAGAACGGGAAGAAGGUGGUCGAGGCGCGCUGGAGAGGAAACCCCGUCAUCCUCAAGUCCAAAUUGGAGAACUUCUCCUCGUACGAGCCACUGGGAAUACUGGACUACCAGGACACAGCAGAGGAGCUCUCGCCGCUCGAUGUGGUUUUCUACGCCACUCUGGAAGUACGGAACUCUCUGGGGUUGGCUGAGGAAGACGAGGACGAAGGAGGAGGAGGAAGUAACGUCUCUCUGGCCAGACUGUGGGGCAAGAAGCUGAAGAGCCCAGAUAAGAUCUACUCCCGGGAGGAGCUGGCCUCCCUCUGGUCUCUGCUGCAGCAGGAGGAGUACACCUUCCUCCGGGUCCUGCAGGACCUCAGCACCCACGUGGCCAAGGUGCUGGGCUCCUGCGGCCACUUCUACGCUGUGGAGUACCUCUCCGCCGGCCACGCCUGGGACCAGAACAUCUUCUCCCUGGAGGAGGCGGGCUCUGGGGCCCGGGGCCGCUGGAGCGCCAGGGAGAAGGUGCACCGCAUCGCGCUCAGCUUCCUGCACAUGGUGAAGCACUUUGACCACGACUUCACCCACAAGCUGCACCUGUGUGACAUCAAGCCGGAGAACUUCGCCAUCAGGAAAGACCUCACGGUGGUGGCCAUUGACGUGGACAUGGCGUUCUUCGAGCCCAAGAUGAGGGACAUCCUGGACCAGAACUGCAGCAGCGACGACGACUGCAACUUCUUCGACUGCUCGUCCAGCUGCAACCUGAACCAGCGCAGGUGCAGCGCCCGCCGGCGGAACAGCAACCUGCAGGUGAUUUGUGAGAAGAUCUUCCGGUCGUGGUUUUCUCCCACGCUGCUCGGAGCCAAAGCAGGUCUCCCUCUGCAGGUGGAGCUGCAGCGAGCGGUGCAGGAGUGCUCAGAAACAGACGGAGGUGUGGAGGAGAGGGAGGAUGGAAGAGGAGAGGCAGGUCAAGGUAGGGGCGUCCAUCAGCGCCUCCUCAGCAUCCUGACCCGCCUCCUCCAAGAGGGAGGGGCCUCUGGUGAAGGAGGCGGGGCCUGGGAUGAGAAAGGUCACGCCCACACUGCGCUGAACUUCUGAGCAGGUGAAGAGAAGACUGUCGGGGACUCGUGGGCUUCCACCGGAAACAGAGGUGAUCCCUGUUGAGAAGCUCAUCCUGGAGUCCACUGACCUUCCUGGAGAAAACCAGUAAAUCCAUACCAGAAUCCAUCAGGACCAGAAUCCAGAUCCAACAGGACUCAUUCAAGACUAUAUCUGAUCAAACAUCAACUAUGAAUAUGUCAUAUAUGGCUUCUUAGGUAAACAAACGAUUCUUCCAGUGUGGAAGAACCGGACCUCACCUUGUCCAACACCUUUGGGACCAACUGGAACCCGGACUGAGAGACUGGAACCAGGAGAGUGGAGCUCGACACACUGUUUGGUUGACCAGGACCCGGCCUCAUAAGAGGACAAUGUUCUGGAUCCCCUCAGAGGGUUUGUGUGUACAUGAACGUGUACGAUGAAGUAAAUGAUGUCAGUCAGUAAUUGAGUGACUCGUGGUUCUCGUGGUUUUGUCCUUUCAGGAUUAAGUAGAAACUUCUAAAGUUAACGAUUCAGUACUUCUACUGUCUGCUGUGAGUACAUUUCCUCUCACAGAGUACUUCUACUGUGAGUACCUUUCCU